UUUCCAUCCUCUUCAAACCCUCCUUCCUUUGCUAAUUUAGUCAUCUCAUCCCCCUCUCGAUCCUCACAAUUGCCCCUCUCUCUCUCUCUCUCUCUCUCUCUCUCUCUCUCUCUCUGUUAUAUGUUUGUGAAACUGUUACAGUUGUUAACUUGAUGAUGCCCCUGUGUCAGAGCUGAAUUUUUCCUUUUGUCUUUUUGAACAAGCAGCCACUUUGUGUCUGAAGCAAAUCUCUUAGCUUCUAAUGGUCGAAGUUGAUGAUGGCCUUGUGUCAGACCUGAAUUUUUCCUUUUGUCUUGCUGCCACUUUGUGUCAGAACCAAAUCUCAGCCCCUCCAAUGGUCACUUGUCUUCGAUCCAUCCAAAAAAGCAACUCUCUCCAUAGUUCGUUAGUACUACGACCCACAUCCUUAGUCUUUACCCUAAACCCUAAAUAUCAGAAGACAGCAUCUCCCUUGUCUUUCUUUCAUCUCUUCUCUUUCUGAUUUGAUUAUCCUCUCUUGUUUUUCAUGAAUUCUAAGAAUUUAUCCUUCAACCCUUGCCCUGACAGAGCCAAAUUUACUCGUAUAUUUCUUCGAGCCCUUGCGAAAAUAAAUGAGGAUAGACCCACUUCAUCCUCACAUCAGGAAAUCCGUAAUCGAAGUCGGAGAAUAAAGAUUGCUGCUGAUGCAUCUAUGGUUUCCGCGGUUGGAUCCAGAAGAGCUUGGAGUCGUAUCAUGCUUUGGAAACUUCGGAGCCGUACACGUUAUCGAGCUUUGAACAGGUCGAGAGUGAUUAGCUCGUGGAGGAGGAGAAGUGCUGAUAUGGGUAAUAAGGAAAAGCUAGAAUUGAGCCGCGCCGACAAACUCCGGCAGCUCGUUCCUGGCGGUGAAACCAUGGAUUUCUGCAACUUAUUGGAUGAAGCUUCUCAUUAUAUAAAGUGUCUCACUACCCAAGUGCAGGUCAUGCGAAGCAUUGCUGAUUCCUUCUCUACCUGAGCGAGUGAGCCUGAAUUUACUGGACAGUUAAUAGAUAGAGAAGGAUGGAAAGGACAGACCCAAAAAAUUUAUAUAAAAUAGACAAUUAAGAGGUCAGGGGAAGGUAAGUUUCUAGACCUGGAAGAGAGAGUUUAUAGACAUGACUGGCUUUUACAUGCUUUUAGACAUGAACAUAUUAAGAACAUUAUCAAACAUUAUCAGCCAUUAGAGGUUGCCUGUAAAUUAGAGAAAUAUGUUUGAUGUUUGUGAGAAAGUUUGAAUGAGUUUUCUUGUUUGUACAUAGAUAACACCUGGUUGGUAAUAUACCAUCCUUUUUUUA